CGUAAGACCCACACAUUGGAAGUAAAAACCAUGUUAUUUUUCCCCAACUUAUUACACAGCUUUUCUCUCUCUCUCCCUCUCUCUCUCUCAGAGUCCAUAACACAAACGCUUGAUAGCUUUCGACCCACUCACUGCCAUCUUCGCUUAGCUUAGCUUCGCAUCGUUCAAAGGCCAAAAGGAACCCAGUUUUGAUUUGAACGUACAUGAGUGAGAGCUGGACUGGGACUUGGGAGUGAAAGGAAGGAUGAGCCCGGCACAGUUCUUAUAGCUCCAAAGAUUCUGUGAAAGAGACAGCUACAGAGAGAGAGAGAAAUGGGAAAAGUAGCUGUGGCAGUGAUUGUGAGUUUGUGGGUCAUUUCUAUCUCUAUCCUUGUUAACCAUAUAGUUCCUGAGCCUUACAUGGAUGAAAUAUUCCACAUACCUCAAGCACAACAGUACUGCAUUGGCAAUUUCAGAAGCUGGGAUCCCAUGAUUACCACCCCUCCUGGCCUGUACUACCUUUCACUUGUCCAUGUUGCUUCUUUGUUUCCAGGCAUGUCUAUAGUACAAGCAGCCUCAUCAUUUUCUGAAGUUUGCACCACUGCGAUUCUUCGAUCUGUAAAUGGUGUUUUGGCAGUAUUAUGCAGUAUUCUUGUGUAUGACAUUAUUACCCUCUUGAGACCAACUUUUAGCGAAGGAAAAGCAACAAUUUCUGCAGUGGUCCUAGCUUUAUAUCCCCUUCACUGGUUCUUCACUUUUCUCUAUUAUACAGAUGUUGCAUCGCUUACUGCAGUGCUUGCUAUGUAUCUUGCAUGUUUGAAGAAGAAUUACUGGUUAAGUGCAGUGCUUGGUGCCUUGGCUGUUGUCAUUCGUCAGACAAAUAUAGUUUGGAUGCUUUUCGUUGCAUGCACUGGGGUUAUAAAUGUUACUCUGGUCCGUCCAAGAGAUAAUGUCGAAGUAAAUGAUAUCGACACAGCUAUCAGGAAGUCUAAUCGAUCAACUUCCAACGAUGAUGUUACAUCAGGGUCAAAUUUGAGACUGCGAAAGUUCAGUAAUUCCCUGGGUACUGAUAAACAUUCUAUGCCUAGUGCAAGCUUGGUUUCAACAAACCACUCAUCAGGUUUACUUGAUGAGGUCAAGGUCAUCUUUUUAGCAUUAUGGUAUAUGAAGUGGGAGCUUUUGGUUUCCUUUAGUCCUUUUCUCGUGGUAUUUGUGGCUUUUUUGGCUUUUAUCCGUUGGAAUGGGAGUGUAGUUCUAGGUGCAAAAGAAGCUCACACAGUUUCUCCACAUUUUGCACAGAUCAUGUAUUUUGGUUUGGUUUCUGCUCUUGCUGUGGCUCCUUUACACUGCAGCAAAGGUCAAGUUGUGGACCUGUUCCGGUCAUUUUGGAAGAGAAGGCUCAUCAGUUUCUUUCAAGUUUUCGUAGCUGUUAUUGCUGGCUUCUUUUCUGUACAUUUUUUCAGCAUAGCUCAUCCCUAUCUUAUUGCUGAUAAUCGACAUUACCCAUUCUAUCUCUGGCGGAAGGUCAUCAAUGCUCAUUGGUCAAUGAAAUACCUUCUAGUCCCGCCUUAUGUUUAUUCAUGGUUUUCCAUCUUCAUUACAUUGGGGAGAGUUCAGAGGAAGAUAUGGGUGUUAGCAUUUUUCUUGGCUACUGCUGCAGUUCUGGUACCUGCUCCAUUGAUUGAGUUCAGAUACUAUACGAUUCCAUUCUAUUUCAUAGUACUUCACUCCCACAUUAAUGAUUAUCAAAGCUGGCUUCUCAUGGGACUUCUAUAUCUAGCCGUCAACAUCUUCACAAUGAUGAUUUUUUUGUUCCGGCCAUACCAUUGGGACCAUGAGCUUGGGAUCCAGAGGUUUAUAUGGUAGGAAAGAUUCUAAGAAAUGCUAAAGGCUUCAUCAUACAAAUCAGUUUUGGGUAGUAGUAUUGUUUGUCUGGGGAUUUACCUAGAGAUAGGAUUUUGCUUGUUUUGGUUUGGAGGUAGAAGAAGGGUAGAAUCCUUGAGUGGUACAAGUUGUUUAGUUACACAUGCUACAGGUCGUGAUUGCUAACUAUAUGUCAACAGGGGUGGCAAGUGGGUAGGUUGGAUCAUAAAUGGGUUGGGUGUGUAAUUACCCAUUUAUUCAUUAAUGACCCGUUUAUAUAUAAAUAAAUUAUCUAUUACCAACCCAACCCAUUUAAUUAAUAUCCCACCCAUUUAACCAUUUAACCCAAUGGGUGAAAGAAAAAUUACAGAGACAGAGAGAAUUUGGACAGAGAGCACCUUGCCUCUCUUCCCAAACCCUUUUCUCAACACUUUCCCUUUUUGAUUUUGAAACUAAUUUUCUUAGAUCUCAAAUUUUUCCGCAAAAUCUUCGCGGGAGCCGUUUGCUAGGUGAGGAAAUAUGCUCCAAUUGCUUUGGUCCCUGUUUGGCAAUGCAUUUACUGUGAAUUAAGUUAUUUUUAAGCUAGCUCUGUUUGGAUUUCAAAAUCUUUCAUGCUUUCAUAGACCCGUGUUAGUUUUAGUUUAGAAAGAUACUUGAAUUGAAGCUACAAUAAGUGUUGUGGGGUUUUGUUGUUUAUGGUUUUCCAAUGUUAAAGCUUUACAGCUACCAAAUGGGGAUUUUCUUAUGUUGGGGUUCUUGGCUUAAUUUUCAUCUGGGUCGUUGCAUAAAAGCACUUUUGUCUAUAUUUUGCUCUUCUAUGGUUCAAUGCUGCUUGUUUGUUGUGAUCUCGUGCCUUAUAUUGUUUUUGUGUUCCUGUUUGGUUUUUGAGAAAGUUGAGGAAAAUAAAGGAAGUCAAAUUAUGACAUUGAUGGGUUUUUCAAUUUGGUCUGCAUGAAAACGAAAGCCAUACUCGUCCGAUUUAGCCUCUCUCUUUCUCUCUCUUUUUCUCUCUCUAGCUUAGCUCAAAUUUUUUGGAGGUCAAGUGGAGAGAGAAAGAAAGCUUCACUGAAAACUGAUCACUCUCAAAAUUGGAACUCUCUCUCUGAGGGAAUAACCCAUGAGUCCUCCAAUCCCAGGGUUCAAGCUUCAAGAAAAAGCAUACACAAAGUGAUCUGGAUUGCGUUCCAGAGAGGAAAAAAAAAUGCAGAAGAAGAAAAGAAAAGCCAUUUCAUCAUCCAAGACCACCCUGGCUUCCCUUCCAUCACUUUGCUGAGUCUCUUCCCUUUUCUUUUCUUUUUAAAUUUCUUGUAUUAAAUUUAGUUGUUCUUGAAAAAGAUAAAAUUAUGCAU